GAGGUUUUUGUAAUAGGCUAUCUCCAUGAUGAAAGGAAAAUUGCCAAGUCUGAUUGGGAGUGUUAUAAAAAUAUAUUUUCCCUACUUGCAUCAAUGUUUAUUGUCUCUGUCUCCUUUUUUAGUGAAUUUGUCCUUCUAGCAGUUGUUCUCUCCUCCUCCUUUUCUUCCUCCGAGUACUUCCAAGGAAGAAAAAAAAACUCCAAAAAGAACAAGAGCCACCAAAGAGGGAGAGCAACUCUGUUGGGAAUAUACAAACAGCAGCUGCUGAUGGAGGCAGAAUUUUAAAAAUGAAGCAGCUGAAGGAAUUCUACACAGUGUACUCCUAAUUGACAAGAAUGGCAAGUAACCCCUCAGUGGCUAUGCUCAGUAAAGUUCUUGAGCAGCAAAUGCUCCAAACAACUGAGAUAGUGGAACAGCAUCUAGAUACGGAGAUUGAAAAGUUUGAGAAGAUGGAUGCAGAUGAACUGGAGAAACUUCGAGAAAAGAGGCUUGAAUCAAUGAAGAAAGCACAGCAUCAGAAACAGGAAUGGCUUUCCAAGGGCCAUGGUGAAUAUAAGGAGAUUCCCAGUGAAAAAGAUUUUUUUCAAGAGGUUAAAGAGAGUAAAAAUGUGAUUUGCCACUUUUACAGAGAUACUACAUUUAGAUGCAAGAUAGUAGACAAGCACUUGGCUAUUCUGGCUAAAAAGCAUGUUGAAACAAAGUUCAUCAAAUUGAAUGCAGAAAAGGCUCCUUUCCUUUCUGAAAGAUUACGAAUCAAAAUAAUCCCAACAAUGGUUUUGGUAAAAGAUGGAAAAGCUAAAGACUAUAUAGUUGGGUUUGAUGACCUUGGUUGCACAGACAACUUCACAACUGAAACUUUGGAAUGGCGACUGGGCUGUGCUGCUAUCAUUAACUACAGUGGAAAUUUGAUGGAACCACCUUUCCAGCUGCAAAGAAAAAGUGGAUGUAUCACUAAAAUGGAGAAAAGAGCAAUUCGAGGAAAAAGUAAUGAUUCUGAUUCUGAUUCUGAUGAUGAUGAUUAGAGUAUGUUUCUUGAUCCUAAACCUUGCUUCUAAUUUAAUUUUUUUUUUUUUGUUUUCCUCUAUCCUACUCAUUGUCAACUUUUUAGUUUUAACAGAUGACAUAAAUUUUUAAUUUUUGUAGAUUAAUAAAACUCCAAAUACAGUUACAUUGUAAACACUGACUUUGUCAAAUAUUGACUGCUGAAAAGAUCUUUUUAGAAAUGUUCCACAAAUGUGACAGCCAUUUAUUUUGCUGCAAUUACACUGCAAGUCUUUCUUUUGUAACAAAUGCACAACACUUGCAUCACUUAUUAGUCAAAUAUUUAUAUAAACAUUGUACUCUGUAAUAAACUGGAAGGACUCGUUCGUUCACCAAUGUCUUGAAAUGUUGCCUUUUGUAGAUUACGUGGUUCUGGAUACUGUUUGGCAUCUGAUGUCAACCAACCAAAAUUAUUCUCAAAGCUAGGCCAUUAAGCAGCAGUGUUUUUUUUUAAACUAUUGAGUAUCACUGUCAAAGCUGUUCCUUCCAAGUACUCCUCCUUUUUCCCUUUUUUAUUUUGGUUUAGUCAUUCCUUAUAAAAAGUACACCUAUUUUUCAUGCCUUCUAUCCCAUUGCUUUGACAAGUAUUGACUAUUGUAGAGCUUUUUUUUUUCUUCUGGGAAUGUUCUACAGAUGUUAGUCACGUAUCUUGAUCUGAUUGCAUUGUCAGGUUUUUCUUUUUGUAGCAGAUGGACAAAUACACAACACUUGCAUCACUUACUAGUCAAAUGACAUUUGAUUUGUGUUCCAUGGAUGCUGGUUGACCAUAACUGAGCAUUUAGGAAACAGUUGGGGUUUUUUUUUUCUUUUUUUGGUGGAAGUCAACAUACUCUUCAUGCUAUUAGGUUAUAUAACUUAAUUACAUGCAUGAUUCAGCAAUUUUUCUUGGCUGUGAAAAGGUUAGUGCCUCAUCAGGUGGUUUGGUGGGAGGGAGAAAGAAAAGUAGUCACAGCUGUAAUAUGUAGUUAGCAUGUUGUGACCCUGCUCGGGGUUGAGUAUUGUUAAUGUUGUGAUAUACUUCAUUAGCCACCUAAAUAAAUAUUGAUCUAUUGCUGUCAA